CGGCAGCUAGACGCAAUCUACGCGUGUCCAACAUUAUACUAGACACGCCGUCACCGAGUUCUUUACUGUCUCACCGUCUCUGUUGUGUCCGUCUGCGAUGCUGUGCAAGUCGGUCGUCACUUCCUCAACCAUCUAAUUGGCGCUUGCGCAUAAUCCCUCCGACACCGUUAUCACCCGCGUUUUCCCCAUAUCUGGGCAUUGCGCACCCGACACCUACUCUCCCACCUACAGACCACUCCUCCUUCUCAACAUAGUUUUUGAGUUUGCACGUGCAGUGUAAUUGUCCGUAAUUGCCCUAUCUUUCCUCUGCCUGUUCACCGCCUGAACCAUCCUCCACCCCACGCCUAUGCCGCCAAAACGAAAGCGGUCCAUCACUCUAUCGUCGGUCAAGAAAGACGUCAUGGACGCUGUGCAGCCCUCAUCGCGCGACGCCUCGGACGAGGGUGCCUCGGACCCUGUUCUCCAGGCCGUCGCGUCCAAGAAGGAGCGCCAGGCCGAUACUAAUGGCACCACUACCAAGCGGGUCCGCGUUAAGAGCGCCCACGGCGACGAAGAUACCGACGAGGAUGAGCGCGCGAGCAAGAAGAGCCGGCGCACGUCAUCGCUCGCCGGCGACGACCACGGCGAGGGUGGUGAGGCUGGCAGCAUGCGCAUGGAGCCUCCACCCAAAGCUGGUCUCGUCGACCCAGUCGGCUACAAGACGAAUCCCCCGCCAGAGGGACGCCCGGUCAGGAUAUAUGCAGACGGUGUUUUUGACCUGUUCCACAUUGGCCACAUGCGCGCCCUCCAGCAGGCCAAGACAGCCUUCCCCAACGUCCAGCUUAUAGUUGGCGUCACGGGUAACAAGGAGACACAUAAGCGCAAGGGUCUUACCGUCCUAUCGGCGAGAGAGCGUGCUGAGAGUGUGCGCCAUUGCAGAUGGGUCGACGAGGUUAUUGAGGACUGCCCGUGGAUUGUGACCGCUGAGUUCUUGUUGAAGCACAACAUUGACUACGUUGCCCACGACGACCUUCCCUACGGUGCAGACGAGGGUGACGACAUCUACGGCCCGAUCAAGGAGCGAGGCAUGUUCCUCGUCACCCAAAGAACUGAGGGUCUCAGCACAACGGGUAUCAUCACAAAAAUCGUCCGCGACUACGACCAAUACAUCGACCGCCAACUCAAACGCGGCACCUCGCGCAAAGAACUCAACGUGUCCUGGCUCAAAAAGAACGAGCUCGACGUCAAGCGCACCAUGGCCGAGCUCCGCGACAGCAUCAAAGCAAACUGGACAACAACCGGCCAGGAACUCAGCAAAGACUUCCGCCAAUUCUGGCAAUCGAGCCGGCCUGCCAGCCCCGCCCGCACACCCACGCGCGAGCAGUCGCAGGCAGAAACUAUGGAAGCAGCCAACGUUGCUCGUUCUCCUUCUGCGAUUUCGCGACUGAGUCACCUCGAUAUUCCAAGGGCGAAUAAUACGAGGGAGAGUUCAGAGUUUGCGGCGGGUUAUAAUUUGGGGUUGAUUGGUGGUGUGAGGUCUUGGAUGGCACGCAGUCGCCGCAACCUAAACGACAGCCGGCCCCAAUCCCCCAUCGACGACAGCUCCGACGAACAGGAAGCUAGGAGUCCUCAACAUAAAGGAGAGCAGCAGGAAGUGACCCGUGGUCGUACGGGUAAACAGACGAAGAGCGAACCUGCUAUGGAUACUGCGGCUUAGGAUGCUGUAAAUCACUACCUAUAUUAGGGCUUUCGAUGGCAACAAACGGUAGUCGGAUCGAUGUUGUCCGCCGUUUAUCCUUUCGACCUAGCAAGCACGCAAGCAAGCACAUACCGUGGAUUAGGUCGCUUGUGCGACGGAAUGUGU